AUGAGUAUGAGUAAGAGUAAGAGUAAGAGUAAGAGUAAGAGUAAGAGUAAGAGUAAGAGUAAGAGUAAGAGUAAGAGUAAGAGUAAGAGUAAGAGUAAGAGUAAGAGUAAGAGUAAGAGUAAGAGUAAGAGUAAGAGUAAGAGUAAGAGUAAGAGUAAGAGUAAGAGUAAGAGUAAGAGUAAGAGUAAGAGUAAGAGUAAGAGUAAGAGCAAGAGUAAGAGUAAGAGUAAGAGUAAGAGUAAGAGUAAGAGUAAGAGUAAGAGUAAGAGUAAGAGUAAGAGUAAGAGUAAGAGUAAGAGUAAGAGUAAGAGUAAGAGUAAGAGUAAGAGUAAGAGUAAGAGUAAGAGUAAGAGUAAGAGUAAGAGUAAGAGUAAGAGUAAGAGUAAGAGUAAGAGUAAGAGUAAGAGUAAGAGUAAGAGUAAGAGUAAGAGUAAGAGUAAGAGUAAGUGUAAGAGUAAGAGUAAGAGUAAGAGUAUGAGUAAGAGUAUUUAG